GAUGCAAUAUUUUUUUUUCUCCCCAUCACUUGAUCCUCAGGGGAACAUAACUUCACCGGACCCCAGACGAUGUAACGAUUUGUUUUUUUAGGGGUUUUUCUUUUCUCUCCACGUUGGCACCGCGGUGCGCACUGGAGCGCGCAGCAGAGUGGACGCGCCAAAACUUUUGCGUCUUUUUUUGCCGAAAUGACGCUCGUCCGUCGCCUGCGAUCUCUGCUCCCUGUCGUGACAGUGGCUGUGCUCGCGGCUGUUAAAGUUGCUGAGUGUCAGAAGGUUGCUGAAGACCCUGGGACGUCCUUCACACCAUCUCCAGUUUAUCCUUCCGUCAACUUCCAGGUUGUCAAUGUGGACCAUGUGUUGUUGAGGCAGGGCAGUCCAGGGCCAUCAGGGAACUCCAGCCUGAAGGCUCAGACUCAGACUCAGACUUUUUACAUCACCGGUCCAGGAGCUGGCCAAUCAGCCGUCAACGCUUCAUACGGCCCUCUGACUGUAGAUGCCCCAAUCCCUCCACACCUGCUGCUCAGUGGGCGCAGGAUCCUGCCAGUCAUUUUGGGCCGCCAGGUUCGUUCCUCGUCUCCUCUUGUCAAGAUCCUCUUCCACAUGCCCACAGAUAUCAACAUCACUGCUGGGCGAGAACGGUCUGGAAAAGAUACUGGCGGGAAAAGCGCCGGAGUCAAGACAAAGGACGGAGCUCACUGUGUGACGGCCUACGCCUUCUGGGAGACGAGGGAGGUUCGUGGGGCAUGCCUGGCGUCUCCAGGUGGAUUCUGUGUGGCACAGCUGAAGCCAGAACCUGCCUGGUUCAGCUCGGCCAGUCGCUCAGGGAGCUCCAGCGGGGAGGCAGGAAAAACCGAAGGGAUUAAGGGACUUCAGGGGAACCUCGUGGAGGUCUACUUCCAGAGUCGGAGGGACCAGACGGGCCAGUGCACCCCGCAGGAUAGCCUGCAACGUGUAGGUGUGGGAAGAGGAAGAGGAAGAGACUCUGGGGGGUCAGGGACACCCAUGAGGCGUAUAGGAAGUGUUAAUCUGCUCAGAACUCCACCAGGGAACCCCACCUUCUUUCGGCUGAGGCUGGGAGGCGCCGUGGUGAUCCAGACUUCCUCCAAACCCCUGAAGACCAAAGACGUGGCAACUUUCUAUAUCUUCCUAGCAAGUACAUCUACCUUGGACAAAUUCACAGUCAGGGCGACAGUAAAAACGGGUCUGUCGUUCAGUGCAGCGCGGCCCAGCGACUCAGCGCUGUGGGACAUUGUGGUGGAGCCUGGCAGAGGAGCGACCCCCAACUCCGUGUCCGUUGUCUGCCACAGGAAGGUCGCUGUCACUGCAAAGAGGGGUCUCCUGGAGGUUUUACAGCUCGACUUUGUGCCGCGAGAUGUUUCAGAGCAGGCCGAGAGUCAGACGAUUUCCUGGCGCCUGGACUUGCCGGGGAACGUCAAGGACGUGGGCAUCAUGCGGAUCUACACAACUCAGAGAGACUACGUGGGGCUGGCCCCUCUGGUCAUGAACACCGAUAUCUUGAAUACCGCGGUGCUGACGGGUAAAAUGGUGUCCGUCCCCGUGAAAACUCUGGCCGUGGAGGCUGAUGGCUCAGUCACUGACGUCACCAACUACACCAACUGUAGGUCUGCAGAGGAGGAUGUACUCAAGGUGUCGGAGCGCUGUGACUAUAUAUAUGUAAAUGGGAAAGAGACGAGAGGAAAGAACAGGGUGAUGCUCAACUUCACUUAUGGUUUCUUGAGUGCCCAGCUGGAGAUGAGCGUAUGGAUGCCACGGCUGCCCUUGCUCAUCGAUGUGGCCGACCCCGAGCUCAGCCAGAUCAAAGGCUGGAGAGUCCCUGUUACUACGGGCAACAGGAGGUCUACAUGGGACAGUGAGGAAGAGGAGGAGAUGAGGAAAGGCAGGGGCUGCAUGCUGCAGUACCAGCACUCGACACUCAGGGUGCUCACACCCUUCGUGGCUCAGGCUGGUGCCGAGGUACUGCUGGACCCGCUAACUGGGGCAGAGCCUGUUGACUACUUCCUCGGUCCUGACUGGCAGGUGGAUGUGACCAGUCUUGUACGCAAGUCUCUAAAAGUGUCGGACCCUGACGUAGCCAGGGUGCAGGAUGGGCCAGUGCUGCAGGGACGGGCUGUGGGCACUACUUCUGUACAGGUGCUGUCCCCUCUGACGUCUUCGGUCCUGGCCGAGAGGGCCAUCAGGGUGGUGGACGACAAAGUGAGCGUGACAGAGCUGGGAGUACAGUUGAUUUCUGGACUCUCUCUGUCCCUGCAGCCCAGCCUGGGGAGCCACAGGGCCAUGGUUGCCACGGCAACCACGCGGGAGAUGAUCACGCAGCUCAAACAGGAAGCGGUGGUGAGCUGCUGGGUUCACUUCAGCGAUGGUGCAGUCGCUCCGUUGGAGCAGUUCGACCGCGGCGUCUACUCACUGACGGUCUCCACCCCAGAUGAUGGGGUGGCCACAGUACGCCGCACCCCGCUGUCCACAUUUGUGGUAGCACAAGGUGAAGGUGAGGGUCAGGGGGCGCUGGUGAGGGUGGAGCUGAGGAUCUGCGAGGAAUGCCAGAAGUCCAAGAGGAAGAGCAAACUGGCAGUGGGCACUGGGCUCCUCAGAAUCAACUUCCAGAGUAGCAGCAGAGGAGGUGGAGGUAGCGCGGUCGUCCCUGACGUAGGUAAAGAUUACGAGGGUGGUGCAUCAGAAUUGAUAGGAGAUCUGAGAGCGACGAUGACAUCACAGCGUUCUGUCACAGAUAUGGAUAAAUGGUUGUUAAAAAGUAUAUUGCCUGACCAGCAAGAGUCCACCAUGGCAGAAACAACCCCCUCAACAACAUCUUCUACAAGAAAUGUGCAGCCAAAUGUCGUGUGGAUUGGGACUACGACCAGAGCUACAAGGGCGACCACAGAUGCUGUCAUUCCCACAACGGCCACUAGGACUCUGAGCACACCGGACUUGAAUACACCACUGAGCACUGACAAACCAGCAGCAACAACAGUGGGUGUCAUGAACGGUGAAGAACAAAAGAGAAGCUAUGGAAACAUGCUCGACAACCCCAAUUCACCCCCUGACAAAGACAUUCCCAAAGCUGAAGCCCCCGAAGUGAUCGAGAGCGACCUCAUCCGGACAUUCAGAGCCAUGUCAGACUUGGAAAUCGGCAUGUAUGCCUUGGUGGGGGUUUCCUGUGUGGCUAUCUUCGCUUUUAUACUCAACUGUGCUUCAUAUAGCCUCUGUUCCCGUAAACACAAGACGCCCAUACAGGCAGGCCCGAUCCCCAGCGGGGACCCAAAGGACCACAAGCAUGACUGGGUGUGGCUUGGGACCAAUGAUCAAAACACUCCAGCUCCAGGUGCCCCGAAUCAGGUGUCCACGCUGAAGCGUGAGGCACAUCGUCCCCUGGAGUCCCGUCAUUCCAUCGACUCCAUGGGCCGCCACAGUCUGGAGGGCGACCUGCCCACCAUCAGCGUCCCCGCUGUCCCCGAACGAACUGCCACCCUGGGCCGCAGCAGGACCGGCUCCCAGCAGCAGUUCCAGGGGAAAGCUAUUGACCCCAUGGCGAACCGCUCGGCCACUUUGUUGGCCAGGCCACACCGCAGCGAGCCGCUCCAUUCGCCCACCAGCAAGCGGAACCAGGUGCAGUUCACCACCUUCACCACGCUGGACAUCAAGCACUUGGCGGCGCUGAAGAGGAACGGUGUGGACUUACACUGGGCCCACCAGCAGCAGAUGCAGCAGCACCAGGCCCCUGCCGAGCUUCAGGCACCUUUACCUGACAUGCCAUGGCCUGUAGUGAAACCUCUGGGAGAGCCCCAGUGAGCGUGUGCGGGUGUGUGUGUGUGUGUGUGUGUGCGUGUUUGACUGUGUGUGUGUGUGUGUGCGUAUGAGUGGGUUAAAGAGAGAGAGUGAGAAAGCGAUAGAACAAAGAAGUCUAGAUACAGAGCAUAUUAUGGUGUAUAAUCCCUUGAAGAAAAUAAGGUAACUUUCCUUUUUUUGGACAAAAGAUCACUGUGUAUUUAUCGAUAUGACAUAGAGAACAUUUUAUAUUCUUAAACUGUGCACAGUGAGAGCCUGUAAAUAGAAUAUGUACUCAUGUAUCCAUGAAGACCUACAUAAGAGAAACUGGGCGCACGUUUUCUUCUUCUAUUUGAGGAUGUGCUCCAGAAAUUAACCCCUGUAAAUAUACAUAUAGUCUAUAUAUAAUAUUUCUACAUUUCAAAAAUAAAAGAAUUUUUAUCUCCUUUUACUUUCGUACAAUUCAGCUGUCCCAAUAGAAAUGGCUCCAGACAUUGCUAGUCGUCAGGGUAAAUGCAGUAUACGGGAGGGAUUAUUUCUUGUAAGUAAUUCUAUUCUUUUCCAGCCUUUUGUACUUUUUUUUUCUAGGACUCCUCCCGAGAAUAAUACCGGAAUAUUUGUGAGAGAAUAUGUAACAUUCAUCAAAUUAUUUUGAGCAACCUGUCAUUGCAGGCUUUGCCGGUAAGGAUACUUAUUCAAAUCCAAUGCAUACUAUGCAAAUAUAGUCUGUGCAGAGUUAGAUGUGGACAUAGUUUCUGAAUUUUUAAGAAAGUAACUUUGGGCUUCAGGCUUUUCCCCGGGGCCCUGGUUCUACAAUUUGUAAAAAUGUCUGAUCUUGGUCUCUUGAGUCAGAGCAAUACAUAUUUAACCGUAAGAUUUUUCAUGUGUAAAUGAAAAAUGACGAUGCCUUUUCUUUGUAACAACCUUUUAUUUUUAAACCAAAAUGUGAUGUGUAUUUCCUAAGAGAUCCUAUUAAAAAAGAACAAAUAUA